AUGUCAUGCACAUUGUCAUCACCACUCCCGUACAACCGCCAAACCGCACUUGCGUCCACCAUCGCAGCCGACAAUGCCGCCAACAUAGCCGGAAAGACCAUCCUCACUACUGGCGUGACUCAAGGCGGUCUAGGCGCAACAUUUGUCGAAGCAAUUGCGCAGUACAAACUGCGCCUGCUCAUUCUCGCAGGCCGCUCGACUGAGAAGGUUGGUGCCACCGUGCGCAAGACCAAGUCGAAUCCAAGGAGCUCGGAUGUUGAGAUCAAAGUCCUGGAGCUCGAUCUUGCGAGCCAGAAGCGUGUGCGACAAGCAGCGAAUGUUGUGUGGGGCUGGCAAGAUGUGCAGCACAUCGCUGUCUUGGUCAACUCCGCGGGCAUCAUGGCUGGCCCGUACAAGACCACGCAGGAAGGCAUUGGGAACCAGUUCGGCAGCAACCACAUUGGUCACUUCUUCCCUCGCAUUGUUAAUGUGGCCAGUGAUGGCCACCGUUUCGGCGGGGUGUAUGAGCAGUGGGAAGCGUAUGAGCAGAGCAAGACAGCCGACAUUUUGUUUUCGAGAGCACUUGCGGAGAAGCUUGGGCCCAAGGGCUUGAAGGCGUACAGUUUGCAUCCUGGUGAGGGGCUCACAGAAGUAAAAGGUGCGAAGGACAAAGAGAUCGGCUGGAAUCGCGAACUGGACUUGAAGAACCUGGAUGAGUGUGCUGCCACACAUGUCGCUGCCGCUUUCGAUCCAAGACUCGAUGAUACGUAUUGCAAAUUCAGACUUGACCGUAUUAAUGAUACGCUGACACGAGUAACAGACUACAAUGGAGUAUAUCUCGAGAAUGGAAAUCUUUCUGCCGAUGUCGAGAAGUUAUGGAAACUCAGUGAGAAACUGGUUGGCCAAGAAUUUGCUUACUAG